GCUACCGGCGAGGAGGGCGUGGCCACCGUGAGGCCCCGGUGUGGCGGGAGGCGGCGGCGGGGCCGGGGCCGCCUCGGUGAGGGCGGGCCGGGCUCGGGCUCGGGCUCGGGCUCCGGCUCCUCCUCCCGGCGCUGCGCGGGUGGCGGCGGGGAAGCGUGAGGCUCCCCUCAGGCUGCGCCUCCCCUCAGGCCGCGGCGGGACCCCGGGCCCGCGCCAGGCCGUGCCGUGCCGUGCCCCGGGCGUCGUGAGGGGAAAAUGGCCUCUCGGAGGAUCACCCGCGAGACGUUCGAGGCCGUGGUGCAGGACAAAGUUAAACGGUACCGCAUGGAGCGGAGCGAUGCCGCGGGGGGCUCCAUCCAUCAUUUCAAAGCUCACUCCAGGCCGCUGCCCCGGCCCCGCUUCCACGGCGACGGGAGGUUCCCUCACGCCAACUCUCAGCACGAGGACUGGAGCGAGGAUCCCAGGGAAGAUUAUCCCAGGGAAGAUUAUCCCGGGGAAAACUAUCCCGGCCCUUCCUACAGACCCGCCAGCCCCCUGCUCCGCAAGGAGAAUUAUUUCCACGAACAAUUCGCCCGCCCCGCGCCCCGGGAGCGGGAAUUCGGCCGGGAUUACGGGCGCCCCGCUCCCCAAAACCGGGAAUUUGGGCGUGCAGCUGCCCCAAACAGGGAAUACGGGCACCACCCCGCUCCUCACAACCGGGAGUACGGACAGCAGAACCGGGAGUACGGGCGGGAGAGGGAUUACGGGCAGGAGUACGGCCCCUCGGAUUCCUGGGAAGGCAGCGGGCCGCACGAAGCCGAGUUUGGCUCCUCGGAUAUUUUGGGGGAUUUCAGGUCUCCCGGGCUGAUGGAGGAGGAGUACGGCGGCGUGGAGAAUCAGGAGUACGAGGCGGAGUUCGGGGCGCCGGACAGCGAGUUCCGGCCGCCGCUGCGCAGGGGAGCCGUGGGCAGGGGGAGAGUCCUGAGGGGGAAGCGCCUCACCAGGGGGGUGGUGAAACCCAAAGUGUUCAAAGGAGACGUCAAAAGCCCCCUGAAGAAGUGGAACGUGAAGAAGCCGCAGCCGGGCCUGGAUCCCAAAGCUCUGGAUCAGCCUCUGGAAGUCGCCGAGCGCCCCAACCAGAGGCCGGUGCCCCUCCAGCAGCGCCCCAGCCCCAAGCUGCCCCCACACCCUCUGGCAGCCCAGAGACCCAUCCUCAGGCUGCCAAAGCCCGCCCACGUCUUCAGGAACCUCAACUUCGACCUGGUGGAUAAAUCUGACAUUUUCUCCACCUUCGGCAUCGAGAUCAUCAAGUGGGCCGGGUUCCACGCCGUCAAGAACGACGCCGAGUUCUCGCGGCUCUUCGGGGCCCUCUUCGAGCUGGAGACUGAGACCUGUGCCAAAAUGUUGGCCUCCUUCAAGUGCUCCCUGAGGCCAGAGCACAGAGAUUAUUGCUUCUUCACCAUCAAGAGCUUGCAGCACGCCGCCCUGAAAACCCCCAAGGUGGACAACGAGUUUUUGAACAUGCUGCUGGACAAAGGGGCGGUGAAAACCAAGAAUUGCUUCUUCGAGAUCAUCAAACCUUUCGAUAAAUACAUCAUGAGGCUCCAGGACCGCCUCCUCAAGGGGGUGACGCCGCUGCUGAUGGCCUGCAACGCCUACGAGCUGAGCAUUAAAACCAACGGCUUCGGCAAUCCCAGGGAAAUGGCCAACGCCUUCGAGACCACCGUGUCCCUCUGCCGAAAAUCCCUGGCUCUGCUGGGCCAGACCUUUGCUCUGGCCUCUGUUUUCAGGCAGGAAAAAAUCCUGGAGGCUGUGGGGCUCCAGGAGAUGGCUCCGGCGCCGACGUCCUUCCCGAAUUUCGAUGAUUCCACGCUGUUUGGGAGGGAGUACAUUGAGAAUUUGAAGGCUUGGCUGGAGAAGAGCGGAUACCCCAUCCAGAUGAAGAGAGCGGAGGCGGAAUCCACGGAGCAGCUCAAGGCAGCCUCACCUGACACCAAAGCCCCCCAACGAGCUGACAGGAAAGUUUUGGACACAAUUGAGCAGCUGGUGACCAGCAUCGUGUCAGGAACUUUGUCUGCCAAAGACAGGAACGCCCAGAAGAACUCUCCCGAAUUUUGGUUCCUGUCCGACGAGGAGAGCCUGGAGUACAAAUAUUACAGGCUGAGGCUGUCAGAGGUGCAGAGGAGGAGCCUGGCUGGGGAAGGAGCUGCCCCAGAGUCCCUCCGGGCCAUGCUUUAUGCCAGGAGAGUGGCCAGCAUCAAAAGGAAGCUUUUCAAGAGGAAAAAAAAACCUGGAAUUCUCCCCCUCCGCGCCAGCAGGGCCAGGAAGGUGAGGAGAACCACGGGCACUCAGACUGUGCUGUCAGCUGGGACGGUGCUGAAGCACCAGGACAAAAAUCUUCCAGGUUCAGGGCAGGGGAAGAUUUCCCUGUCAGAUCCUCAGCAGAUCCCUGCCCUGGACGUCACCUCGGCCGCCCCAGGCGCCAGCAGCUCCGAGAUCCCGGUGCCUGCGGAGCAAAAAACACAUCCUGAGGAAUUCUCAGCAUCACCAGAGCUUCUCCCAGCCCUGGGCUCUCAGUUUCCUGAUGUGGAUGCCAAAACCAUGGAAACUGCAGAGAAACUCGCCAAGUUUGUGGCUCAGGUAGGACCAGAAAUUGAGCAAUUCAGCAUUGACAACAGUGCAGAUAACCCUGACCUCUGGUUCCUCCAGGACCAAACCAGCUCCGCGUUCAGAUUUUACCGGAUGAAGGUUUACGAGCUCUGCCCCUCCAUCAGCUUCAGCCCCGAGGCCUCAGACAGCACCAAAACCACCCCAAGACCCCUGGAGGUCUCUGAAGAGGAGGAUGAGGAAGAGGAAGAAGAAGAAGAGGAAGAAGAAGAAGAGGAUGAAGCUGAGUUUGAAACCUCCCAACCUCUGGGGGACGAGGAGGAGGAGGAGGAGGAGGAGGAGGAUGAGGAGGACGUGGCAGCAGGUAGAAGGGUGACAAACCUAGAGGAAGAUUUGCUUUCCAGAGCAGGAGAGGAGAUUUCAGGAGGUGAAAUGCAGCUCUCCAGCCCCUCUGAUGCUGCUGUCCCAAAUCUGUCGACACAGGCACCGAACCCGGCCCCCGGCGCGCGAUUCCCCCGCAAAAGAGUCAGCAGCAAGUCCCUGAAAGUGGGGAUGAUCCCGGCUUCCAAAAGGAUCUGCCUCAUAGAGGAGCCCAAAGUGCAUGAGCCUGUCAGGAUUGCUUAUGACAGACCCCGGGGCUGCCCUGCCACAAAGAAGAAAAAGAAGCCGAAGGAUCUGGAAUUCUCGCAGAAGAAGCUGAGCCCCAGGAACGUGGGGUUCCAGAUGCUGCAGAGGAUGGGCUGGCAGGAGGGGCACGGCCUGGGCUCCAGGGGCCGCGGCAUCCGCGAGCCCGUGCACGUGGGUGCAACCUCUGCUGGGGAAGGUUUGGGAGUGGCAGGAGAAGAAAAUCAAGAAGAUGCUUUUGAUAUUUUCCGGCAGAGAAUGAUCCAAAUGUACCGACAGAAAAGGGCAAAUAAAUAGCUCUCUUCCAUGAAGACCCCCAGCUCCGGUGCCCAUUUUCCCUCCCUCCCGUGGUGUCUCUGCUGCUUUUGGUCGGAUUUUUCCUCGGCUCCAUCCGGAAUUCCCUCCUUUCCGUGCAGGAGCAGCAACUUCCCAUCCCAAGAGCAGAACAAAAUGAACAAAAUGAACAAAAAAUGAACAUUUUUCCCCCAUUUUAGUGCGAGUAGAAACCUCCAAUUUCAGCGUAGCCGCAAUAAAUGUAGAGCUGGGCGAUUUCUGGUUCCUGUGACGUUUCCAUUUGUUAUUUUUUCGCUUGUGAUCUUGGCCAUUUGUACGAGAUAUGCAUUUAUUUUCAAUUUUCCUUCAAUUAAAUUUAUUUUCCCUGCAAUUUGGGAUUCCUGUGGCCACAGAGCAGGAUUUUGGGGUCAAAAAAAUCUGGUUUUGGGAUGGGAUUCCCCACCAAAAACCGGAAUUAACGCCCGUGCUUAGCCUGGCUCUGAUCCUUUCUCCAACCAAGGAUCUGCUCCAAUCCCCAUUUUUUGCCAAAAUUCACAUUUCAAGGAUCAAUUUUUGGGGUAAAUCUUCCAAUCUCCUGCAAUUUUUCAUUUUCUCCACCUGAGGGAAGGGAGCUCCUUCUUUUCUGUGCUGCUGAAAAGCCACAAAACCUCUCCUGAUUUUCCUUUAAAUGCACCAAAAACCUGGGGCUUUUUCCUUUUUUCCCUCAUUUGUAUUUUUUUCCCCUAUUUUUCAGUCUUUAAUGCACCAAAAAUGUGCAUUUUUUCCUUUUUUAAUGCACCAAAAAUGUGCAUUUUUUCCUUUUUCAAUGCACCAAAAAUGUGCAUUUUUUCCUUUUUUAAUGCACCAAAAAUGUGCAUUUUCCUUUUUUUAAUGCACCAAAAAUGUGCAUUUUUUCCUUUUUCUUUUCCUUUUUCAAUGCACCAAAAACCUGGUGCAUUUUUUCCUUUUUAUCUCCUUUUUCAGUGCACCAAAAAUGUCCAUUUUUCCUUUUUUUUCCUCUUUUUUAACUCACCAAACUGGGUUUUUUUUUGGUGCAUCAAAUCCACCCCCACAACACCUCUGUGCCCCAGAGCUCCCCUUUCACCCCCAGGAACAAAUCUUAAUUUUGUUUUCAAUUUUUUUUAACUUAAAACAACAAAACCCUCCAUGGUUUCCUCUUGCCUUUAAAUCCGAAUUAUUUUGAGGGUUUUAUUUUUCAUUUUCUUUGGUGUGAAAUAACUUUUUCUUAUUUAUUUUGGGAUUUUUUGGGGGUUUUUGGGUAGGUUUUUUUCAGGUUUUUUGGGUUUAUUUUAAUUUUUUUACAAGACCCUGCAGCAUCCUCAGCGUGAAGAUUUAUUUAUUUCCCAAAAUCAAUAUAAAAUAUAUUUUUUUCCCUCUUCUUGACAUCCCACUCUGCUUUUAAUCCCAAAUAAAACCUGGUUUUAUUUUUUAUUUCUGAUUUUUGACCCCGUUUGCUGCUCCUCAAGCUCAGGGGGGGGGAAAGCUCCAGAAAAAUGGAUUUAAUUCAGAUUUAAAGAGAAACCCAAAAUAUUUCAAAGUAUUUCAGAUUUCAAAAAUCCAAAUAUUCUCCUUUUGGAUUCUUUCCUACCCAAC